AUGCCUCCCAAGAAAGCUACCGCCGCCGCCAAGAAGGCUGCUCCUGCUGCCCACACCUCCUACCGUGAUAUGAUCAAGGAUGCUAUUGUGAACCUGAAAGAGCGCAAUGGUUCCAGCCGCCAGGCCAUUAAGAAGUAUGUGUCGGCGAACAACAAAAUCACUUUUGCGUCCCAGAGUGCCUUUGAUGCCCAGUUCAACAAGGCUAUCAAGUCUGGUGUCGAGAAGGGCGAGUUCACCCAGCCCAAGGGCCCCUCUGGACCUCUGAAGCUGGCAAAAAAGGAAGCCAAGCCUGCCGCUAAGCCUGCUGCUAAGCCCGCUACUAAGCCUGCCGCUAAGCCCGCUGCGAAGGCUACUAAGGCUGCUCCCAAGAAGGCUGCUCCCAAGGCCGCUGCUGCCAAGAAGGCCGCUCCAAAGAAGGCUGCUACCACCAAGGUUACCAAGACCACUGCUAAGAAGCCUGUUGCCAAGAAGGCUGCUGCUAAGCCCAAGGCUAACUCUGGCAAGGCUCGCAAGACCAAGACCCCUUCCACUGCCGCUCCCGCAAUUGUUGAGCAACCCAAGAUCCUCGGCAAGACCAAGUCCGGUCGCAUCACCAAGUCCACCAAUGCGCCGCCGCCAACCAAGGCUCCCGCUAAGAAGCGCGCGGGCAAGAAAUAG